AUGUACCCCAUAAAAUCCUGUCGCGGCCUGGAAGUCCAAUCAACGGCUCUAAAACAGCACGGUCUCGACUUGGACCGUUGCUGGAUGCUGGUCGAUGCAUCCUCAAAUAAGUUCCUGACUAUCCGCCAAAUCCCGGACAUGACGCGCAUCCGUACUGCCCUAAGUGCAGAUGGAAGUGAGUUGGUCGUGAGUAUACCAAAAGCCCAGACCAAUGAAACUGGACCAGGUCACGAUCAAGGUCAACAGCAAGAUCAAGAGUUUCAUAAAGUUCAUAUCCCAUCCCAUCCAUCCCCGGAUUGGCUUUCUGCAAAUACCAAAAUAGGACUCGUCCACAUCUGGGACACUGAAACGGAUGGGUACAUGUACAGUGAUGAAAUCAAUGCGCCAUUCUCUGCCUUCUUGCGCCGUGACGUCGUGCUCGUCUACAAGGGCCCGACGCCGCGCGUGCUGAAGGGUAACGGCGCUCCACGACAUCUGGGCCGCGUCCAGACAACCGGGUUUUCGGAUGUUCAUCCGGUGCUUAUUGCAUCGGAGGCUUCGCUGAGCGAACUCAAUGUGCGUCUGGGACGAGUGGGCAUAGACCCGAUCACCGUGGAGAGAUUUCGUCCGAAUAUUAUUGUCCGCGGGGGUGCUGCUGAUGGCUCGAAUGGCUCUGGCGAAGCCUUUUCUGAAACUCCUCUUGAUCUAGACAUUGUGGCUCGCUGUGCGCGUUGUCAAGUACCUAAUGUCGAUCCGAACACGGCGCAAAAGCAUAAAAAGCAACCGUGGGAUACGCUUAUGUCGUACCGCAGAAUUGAUGAGGGAAUCAAAUAUAAGCCCUGUUUUGGAAUGUUGAGUGCGCCCCGCAACGAAGGGAUCAUCGAGGUUGGGAUGAAGUUAGAAGUUCUACAGGAAACAACCAAACAUCGAUAUAUUACUGGGUUCUAG